GGUAUAUGUGUGUAUAUAUCCCUCAGCCGGCCCUCAUCACUACACAUACAUACUCGCAUACAUCAGUUGCUAACAUGUCACACAAAGGAUGGAUAUUGAAAGUAUAUGGAAUUAUUUGCUGUUGUCAAUUAGUUUCAGGGUUUGCAGCAGGACCACCAUUUUCAACAUGUCUGACCCUCUUCCCAAAACAUAACGGACUAGAAGCACAAACAACAGAACCACCAUAUACAAUACAUAUACAGGAAACUGAAUACAUUCCUGGACAAGAUAUUCACAUAUCCGUUCGAGGGAAGCAUGAAAGAAAGUUUAUGGGUUUGCAAAUAGCCGUUCAUCGUGACAAAGGAGACACGGAGGAACUUAUGGGAGAAUUUACCAGUUUUCCAUCAGACAAACUGAAAGCAAUUAACUGCAUAGAUGGCAAAAAGAACAUGAUUGGUCAUAAGAACAAAGAGAUUGUUAAAGAAGCCAAUAUUACAUGGAAAGCGCCAUCUGUAAAUCAGGGAAAUCUAACGAUUCAUUUUUCCAUUGUGGAGAAUUUUGACAACUUCUGGCAAAAUAUCCUGAAACCAUUGCCAUCACAAGUUGAUAUUCCUGUUGUUCCUGUAAAGCAGAUUAGUAAACUCGAGAACAUUAAUGUGGACUUCGAAGAAUGUGGUAAAAGUUUAGGUUGUAUUCUGUAUCCUUCCUACUGCACGGGAGAUAACUGUUACGCAGGCGCGACAUUUGAAGAUGAAGGCAACCGUACAAGGUUCAAAACCUUUGUAGGAAUUAAUGAAGGCUAUAUAUCAUUAGGAUUUUCGGACGAUCGACUAAUGGGAGAUGACCAUACGAUAUCCUGCACAUAUAAGGAUGACCACUACACUGUACAACAUGGCUACAAUCCAUUAUAUUUCAACUAUAGGCAGUAUAAGAAAGAUGAAAUUGACGAUAUGACAGUGUCCGUUCAGGAUGGGAAACUUUAUUGUGAAUUUACACGACCGAAAUAUAUGAGUGUGGUGAAUAUGAUGAACCCAGCUGAACGACUAGGGUUUGAUCUCAACAACGACUACUAUGUCAUGAUAGCUUGGGGAUAUGUGCAUAGAGGAUCAGCAGCUGUUACUCAUCAUGUUGAAUUACCCGUGACAACAGCAUCUAAAGUCAACUUUAAAUCCACCAUUAUUUACAGAGGAUCUGCAUUACCAGGUUUAACCCAAACUCAUGCGUUACUGAUGAUAGUAGCUUGGAUAUUAUUUACUGGAUUGGCCACUAUUAUAGCCAGAUAUUUCAAAUCUAGCUUUGGCGAAAAGAUGGCAUUUGGAGCAAAAAUAUGGUUCCAGACGCACAGAGCAGCAGCCGUUAUAGCGGCAAUUAUUACAGCUAUUUCGUUUAUUAUUAUUUUCGUCAAAGUUGACGGCUUUACAGAGGUCGCAGAAGCUCAUGCCUAUGUUGGUAUUGUUUUGAUGGCGGUUACUACUCUCCAAGUUUUUGGUGGGCUUUUAAGACCAGGGCCAGAUUCAAAGAUACGACCGCUAUUUAACUGGGGUCAUUGGUUAAUGGGGAAAACUGCUCACAUUUUAGCAGCUGUAUCAAUAUUUCUGGCUUUUACCAUAAAGUUGAUACCAAAGACACAGAGUACUUUUGGAGUAGUCAUCGCAAGUAUAUGGGUGGUUUGUCAGGUUCUAUGGGAGCUGUUUUAUGAGUUAAGAAGACGAAGAAGAGAAUCACAAGAGAAGAAAGAGAAUUCAAUUUUACAGAAAGCUGAUAUGAUUUUACUAGUUGUCUAUGUUAUCAAUAUGUUAAUUGUGUUAGCUGUCUCCAUUAUGGCUAUUUAUUUCUUUUAGAAAUGAUUUUACAAUUUUGACAUAAUUUGUAUUCAUAUGGUAUAGUUUAUGGAAAUCGACAAACUUAUACUUGUAUGAGUCAAAUAUAACUGAUUCUACAUAAUACCAUUUCGUUCUCAAGAAGUUUGAAGAGAUCUGAAAUACUCUUUUUUAUACAAUUUUUUUUUAUUAUUAUGGUAAAUAUAUAUAUACAUAUCGUGAGCAAUAAAA